AUCCAUCUUUUGCUGUCUCCUCCACCUCCUCUCUUUGCACUCUCCUAAUCUCGUCAAAAUGAAGGCAACCAACGUAUGCAUGAGCGAUAUGCCUGGACCCAAGGUCUACAACCUCUGGUGGGGCGACAAGUCGGGCAUCAGACAGAAAGGCGUCAUCCAAUACUCCGUAUCGCCUUUCCGCCAACGCGCUUCUAAGAACUUGAUUCAAGGUUACAUCUUUAACGGCUACCGCCGCCUCUCUGCCCAUUUCGCUUACUGGGCGGUGCCCGCCUCUCUCGGGUAUGCCAUCUACGCAUGGGCGAAGAGCCGCGACGCAUGGCAUACCAGCAAGGCCGGACACAUC